UUGGGAUAAUUACAACUCUGGGCGUCGUACAAAUACGCUUACAAAAGCAAUAUACAUUAAGACUUAACCUGUUGUCCCAGGAAAUGACGAUCCGGAAAUUUGCUAUUGAGUAUGAUGCCGUAAAUGAUCGCAACACCUUUAGCAAUGGGGAUAUUUUGGUGGGCAGAGUUAUCGUGGAUGUGUCAAAGGAAACCAAAAUCAAGGCUCUGACUGUCAAGGCGAAAGGCAAGGCUGACGUGUCAUGGACUGAGACGCAAGGGGAAAAUAGUGUGACAUACUGGGAUAAAGAAAAGUAUUUCUCACAAACUCAAUCUGUCUCACCGGAGGAUAACGCAGAUGGCUCUGUAACUCUUGUGGCUGGUAGACAUGUCUUCCCUUUUGCCUUUCAGCUUCCCUACCAGGGUCUGCCUUCAUCUUUUAAAGGUGCUCAUGGUAAAAUUCAUUACCGACUUUCAGCCAAGUUGAGCAGGUCUAUGCGUGCAGCAAGUAAAGCUGAAGCAAAGUUCACCUUCGUUGCCAGAGCUGAUUAUGAUCAGUCAACACUGAUGGCACUUCAACAUGGCAGUAAAGAUAAGAAUGUCAUAUUUUUUGCCUCUGGAAAUAUUUCAAUGAAUAUUUUCUUGCCAAAGACAGGCUACCAGCAAGGUGAAAGGCUAGCCGUCAACGGUGAGAUUGUAAACAGCUCAACUCGAAAAAUUGUGCCAAAGUACAUUAUCUACCAGAAGCAAAGCUUUUUUGCUGGAGGCCAGAGAGCUGUUCAUACCACCCAGAUACUGAAGGAUAAGGGAGAGCCUUUAGUGUCCUCCACGAGACAGAAUCUGUCGAAAUUAUUAGUCCUUCCCACAGAAAUCAGCACCACCAUCCAGAACUGCAGAAUCCUCAAAGUCGAGUAUAGACUGAAGGUUAUUUUGGAUGUAUCAUUCACUAAAAACACUGUGAUUAAACUCCCAUUGAUCGUACUACCUCUACAUGACGGGACCUCAUCCAAAGAGUUGGAGGCAGGACUACACGGGGACCUGGCCAAAAUGAAUAUUUUAAAUUAAUAUAAGCAAUAAGCACUAGUUUUGUUUGAACUUUUGUUUUACACUUAUUGUAUCCUACUUUUAAAAAAUAAUUUAUUUUCAAAAAUAUGAAAUCAUAUAUGGAAAAUAAGCAAAAACGUGAUAUAUACUUCUUGUAAUUGCAUAUUUAAAGGGAACAGUUUACCCAAAAAUGAAAAUUCUGUCAUCAUAUUCUCACCCUCAUGUUCUAAACCUGUAUGACUUUCUUUCGUUUGACAAAAACAAAAAGAAGAUUUGGAAGAAUGUUACGUCCACAGGAGAAAGAAAGUCAUACAGGUUUGAAAUGAAAUAACCAUGAGGAAAUGAUGGCAACAUAUUUAUUUUUGGGUGGGCUAUCCCUUUAAAAUUAACAGAAUUCUAGCUCGUUUUAAAUAAAUGCAUUUUAUCGCUUCCAUCCAUACAAAAAGAGUACAAUUGUGCAAAAAUAAAUAAAUAAAACAUUAAUGCAUGUAUCCCUGAGAGUGUCUUUAUUGUUGGCUAUAAUCUCUCUGUAACCUCGUUUGUUAUUAGAUCAGCUCAGUUAAUUCAACUAAAAGGGAGCGUAUG